CUUUCACGAUACCGAACAUGCCUUCUCCGAUUAUCUGUCAUUUUUUUUCCACGGCAAGACCCACCGAUCCGACCCAACAGACCGAUCCUCUGCCUCUCCCUUUCCACGGCAACACCCAACAGCCCGAUACCGAUCCGACCCAACAGACCCAAAUCCAAUUCGCUCAAUUUCCACUCUUCCCCAGCCCAUCGCUCAAUGCAACCGACCCAGCCCGUCGAGACCGGCCCAAAGGUUUUUUUAUCAGAACCACAUGCACACAGAGAUAUAGUUUGGAAGGCACAAAGAGAGAGGCCGCAUACCCAUUACCCCAUAAUCGGUAGGGAUUUGGAAUUUUGAUAUCUUGCUUAUUUGGUAAUACAACCACAAGACCGGGAAAGUCAGGUAGGGAUCCAAGAUGAUGCAAUAUUCUCUCCUUAAUCAGCUUUGUAUAGACAAACACAAAGAAAAUUGGAAAGUCAAGGUCAGAAUAUCAAGGAUGUGGAAUGCAAUCAACUCAAAAAAUAAUGAUAUUAUUAGUUUAGAUAUGAUUUUAAUCGAUGAGCAGGUUUGUUUUUCUUCUAUAGCUUUUAAUAUUGUUUGAUCAUUAUAUAUACCAUGAACUCUAUCUAUAUAAAACUGAUGCACUUUACUUGCAGAAUAAUUCAAUACAUGCAAUCAUUAAAAAUAAUAUUGCUAAAAAGUUCAAGCCUCUUCUGCAAGAAGGAAAAUUUUAUGAGCUCUCUUAUUUUCAAGUGGUUGAUGGCAAUGCAUUUUAUAGACCAGUAGACAAUGACAUCAAGAUCAUGUUCACAUUGAAAACUAGCAAUAAGGAAAUAAAGGAGGUUGAUGUUGAUAUACCGCGUCAUAAAUUCGAAUUUGUUGACUACAAUAAAAUACAUGAACGCGUUAAUAAACAUGUCCAGCUAUCAGAUAUCAUUGCAAAUGUGAUUGGUGUUGGACCGAUUGAGCAACCUUGCAUCAAAGGAUCAAAUGUCUUGAUGAGAAACAUAAAUGUCAUGACUAUAGAAGGACAUGAAAUAAAGCUUACACUUUGGGGAUCAGUUGCAAAUGAAGUUGAGGAGAGCUUCUUUACUGAAAAUCCAGGCCCUUUUGUCAUAAUAGCUACAUGUUUGACUGUCAAGACUUUUAAAGGAGAGUAUAACUUAUCGUCAACAAGUGGAACAAGAGUUUAUAUUGAUUUGGACAUUCCUGAGACUGCUGAAUUCAAAGAUCAGCUGGUAGAAAAUAACCAACCAAUAGUACAAAUGCCCAAGCAAUUCAAACCACAACUAUCAAUUGAAGAAGAGAUGAACAUCAACAGAAGAACCAUAACUGAAAUAAAAGAAGUUGUGUGGGACUCUGAUAAUAAGGAAACGAUCUUUACCUGUGAAGGAAAGAUUAUAAACAUUGACAUAGAUCGUCAUGGUUGGUACUUUAUCUCUUGCGAAGUAUGUCGUAGAAAGGUAAACUCAAAAGAUGAAUUUUUAUGGUGCGACAAUUGCAACAAAAAGGCAUGCUUCCCAAUCCCAAGGUAUAGAAUUCAAUUAAAGGUUAAAGAUAGCUCAGAAAUGGCCACAUUCAUUUUAUUUGAUUCAGAAGCAGAAAAAUUACUCAACAUAUCAGCCAAAGACCUUUUGAAUAAAUCUUUAGAGGAGCCCGAUGAAGUCAUCCUUCCUGUGCAAAUAGAAAAUCUUAAAGGAAAACAAUUUGUUUUCCAAAUACAACUAAAUAACUAUAAUCUCAACUAUGGAUGGGAAUUCUUCACUAUCAAGAAACUUUUUGACUCUUUUGAAGAAACUGACAAAGCAAUUCAGCUUGAUAAAAUGACAGAAGUUUACAUCAGUGAUACUUCAAAUGAAGAACAUGGUGAUUGUACAACAUUUCAAAAACUUGAUGUUCAAACCAAGGUGCAGCUCACACCAACAUCUGUACUCAAGGAAAACAAAAGGGCAUAUUCAGGGACUACUACAAAGCAACAAAGGAAGAAGAUACAAAAAACACUUUAAAGUUGUCUUUCUAUCUCUAAGAUUUUCUAUGCACAAUUUGGUUUUAAUGAAUUUGUGAUUUUGAUACUAAAGACA